GUCCCCUGAAAUAUCCAAGGAUGUGGUUGAGUCAGUUAUCAAACUCGAUAGUAUAGAGGAAGAAGUAUGGAGAGGGAAAGAAAUUGUUUUCUCCCGCAUUACGCUAGCGGUCUCUCUGCGUCAGGGUUCGCGUUGCGUCGUUUUCAAUAGAAUUAACGUUUCUUCGUCCGUCGAGGAAGCAAGUCCGUGAUCAAGCUCUUUCUACGCAACAGUACUUUGUUCUGCCGUCAUGACAUUCUUAUCUCUUGUCAUCUACAUUACGUUAAACUUAUUAAUUGUCUGCAAUGCGUUUGAUUUUGCGGUGGACGAAGAACUUAACGAAGAUGGAAUACCCUUAGCUUGGUUGAACGAUUCUACUAUGGUCGACACCGACAACAAUAAGAACCGAACAAAGAUCACUUGUUUCGCCCUCGGUUCAGCGGUCUCGCGAAGUUUGGAUUUCAUCUUCCGUUCGCGUUACCGCAGGGCGAGGGAACUGGAUGUCAAGUUCUAUUUCACCUCCAGAAAUCAUCGUUUCCGCGUGGAAAUCAUGGUAGGAAGGCAGUUUGGAUUGGAGUGGGUGGAUUUUAAAAUCGAACGGCGGACCGUGGUAAUAACUCACGGAUUUUUGUCCCACGGAAAUGAGUCCUGGAUCAGAGACUUAGCAGAUGCCUUUAUUUUCUGGGGCGACGUUAAUGUCAUAAUUGUCGAUUGGAGUACUGCCGCUGAUACCUGGAAUUAUUACAAGGCUGUGUUUUAUACCAAAGAAGCUGGGGAACAAACGGCUAGAUUUUUAGGUCAACUGAUGAACGCGACGAUAGAAGCUCAAGGUCCGGACAGUAGUAAUUGGGGACCCCUUCAUCUCGUAGGCCACAGUCUUGGGGCACACGUGUCUGGUUUCGCAGCUAAUGCUUUUUCAAAACAACAAGACAAGUGGAAAAUUAAAAGAAUAACUGGCCUUGAUCCAGCGCAGCCAUGCUUUAAGACUGGCAAUGCGAGCAUGCAACUAGAUAGGACUGACGCACCCUUUGUCGAUAUCAUUCACACUAAUGGUAGAGCGUUGAGCAAUCUGGGACUCGGUUUACCAGAACCCAUUGGUCACGCCGAUUUUUAUCCUAAUGGUGGAAAAAGGCAACCGGGAUGCGGAAGAAUUCGAUCAGCUAUAUUCGAUAAUGUGAGAGUGCCAAGACCAACGAUACAACAAGCGAUUUGCAGUCAUGGGCGUUCUUAUGUCUACCUAAUUGAGUCACUAAUCACUGCCGCUGCCAGAAAUUGUACAUUUUGGGCACGUCCUUGGGAUCUCACUUACAGAAACGCGAUUCAGACAAUUAGUAAACCGUGUACCUUCAAAACUUGUUCGGAAAUGGGUAUUAAUGCGGAAAAACAUCCGCAGCGCGGAACGUUUUUUGUUCUGACAGAUAAAUCCCCGCCUUUUUGCGUUGGCGAUUCAACGGAUGAAGAUAGUGUAAAAAAUCAUCUAAGAGAUGAUCUCGCAGAAGAGCUAGAGGAUUAAGGAUACAAGGAGAAAAGUAUCAAGUCCGAUAAAAGUGUAAAUAAGUAAAUAAAUGCCAUUUAUUGCCAAAGUGUUACUAUAAGUAGCAUUUAAAUAAUCGGAUUUUAUCCACUGUGUUAUUAUAUACAACUUUGUGUCGUCAUUAACAUUAGUGUUAUAUACAGUACGAAAUA